AUGUCGAGCGCCGAGACGAAGAUUAAAAGGGUGGGUGAUGGGAAGAAAGAGGAUGGGGAGGAGCGACAAGCCCGGGAGUGCUUCGAGACAAGUGCGGUACUGGUACUGGUGCUGGUACUGGUACUGAGGUACCAGCCUGGGACCUGCCUGGGGUUCCAUUUCCAGUUGGCUAAGAGGGGGAGGAGAGCACCUCAGAAGCAACAGCAAUGGCAUAAGAGGGUGCCAAAAAUCGAAUGGGCCACUGGGCCGUUUUUGGUAUCCUCUCCUGGUGCUUCUGGGCUGGAUUGGGCAGAAGUUCCUGAGAAGGAAGUGUGCGAGUGA